GGCAGCGACCCUCACUAGCAACCCUCAGUCACCUCACAACCCUCGCACGGUGUAUACGUUGCUCUUCCUUCUCCUCUUGCUGUUGCCUCCGUCACCGCCGUCAUGAGGGAGAUCGUCCACCUGCAGGCCGGCCAGUGCGGCAAUCAGAUCGGCUCUAAGUUCUGGGAGGUGAUAAGUGACGAACAUGGCAUAGACCCAGUAGGCCAGUUCAUCGGUGAGGGUGAUAUGAAGACUAUGCAGUUAGAGAGAAUUGAUGUCUACUACAAUGAAGCAUCAGGUGGCCGCUAUGUUCCUCGAGCAGUGCUUGUGGACCUUGAACCUGGAACAAUGGAGGCAGUGAGGUCUGGGCCUAUAGGUAGAAUCUUCAGGCCUGAUAAUUUUGUAUUUGGCCAGAGUGGAGCUGGGAACAAUUGGGCUAAAGGUCACUACACGGAAGGAGCUGAAUUGGUGGAUUCUGUUAUGGAUGUUAUGCGAAAGGAGGCAGAAAAUUGCGACUGUCUCCAGGGCUUCCAGUUAACACACUCCUUGGGUGGUGGUACAGGUUCAGGGAUGGGCACACUUCUAAUCUCAAAAAUACGUGAAGAAUUUCCCGACAGGAUUAUGAACACGUUUUCUGUUAUUCCUAGUCCAAAAGUGUCAGAUACAGUUGUGGAACCCUACAAUGCAACCCUCUCGGUGCACCAGUUGGUAGAGAACACUGAUGAAACUUUCUGCAUAGAUAAUGAAGCUCUUUAUGAAAUCUGCUUUAGAACGCUCAAGCUCACUUCUCCCUCCUACGGCGACCUCAACCACCUUGUCUCUGUUACAAUGUCUGGUGUGACCACGUGUCUGAGAUUUCCUGGCCAACUGAAUGCUGAUCUCAGGAAGCUAGCAGUCAACAUGGUGCCUUUUCCCCGCCUUCAUUUCUUCAUGCCAGGAUUUGCUCCUCUUACAUCCAGAGGGUCUCAGAGCUACAGGGCUCUGACUGUUCCUGAGUUGACCCAGCAGAUGUUUGACAGCAAGAACAUGAUGACAGCGUGUGACCCCAGGCAUGGUCGCUACCUCACUGUUGCUGCAAUCUUCAGGGGAAAGAUGUCCAUGAAGGAAGUAGAUGAACAGAUGUUAUCAGUUCAGAAUAAAAAUUCCAGCUACUUUGUGGAAUGGAUUCCAAACAAUGUGAAGGUUGCUGUGUGUGAUAUUCCACCAAAGGGCCUUAAAAUGUCAUCAACCUUCAUAGGCAAUUCUACAGCAAUACAAGAAAUUUUCAAGCGUAUUUCAGAGCAAUUCACUGCUAUGUUCCGGCGAAAGGCUUUCCUCCACUGGUAUACUGGGGAAGGUAUGGAUGAGAUGGAGUUCACAGAGGCUGAGUCAAACAUGAAUGAUCUAGUGUCAGAGUAUCAGCAGUAUCAGGAGGCUACAGCUGAUGAUGAGGAGUAUGUUGAUGAAGAAGAACCAAUAGAUGAGGAGGUACCAGAGGACCAAUAGUUUACGUAUGAAGAGAACAUUGUAAAGUGGCCAGAAAAUACUUCAAAGCAAUACUGAAAAUAGGUUAUCACUAAAAUCUUACUAAGAGAAUCUCCAAGUACAUAAUGGAAUUUAAUUUGCUGUUAAAGUGAACAAGUCUUCAAGCAAUUCUUUUAAACUGUCAGAUUUUUUUUCUUUUGGUGGCAAGUACUUGGUAAUAGAAAAAUGUGCUAAAAUGUUUUAUUGCAGAAGUAUCGUACAGAACUGCAGCUACAGUGUUGCUUUUAUUUAUAAAAGUAUUAAUUUGCUGUUAGCUAGCAUUGAAAAUACUCUAGUCACUAAUAUGCCUCUAGCUAAAUUCUGCAAGUUAAAUUCAUUACUUUUUUCAACUUGUGUAUUUACAGACUUCGAUUUGUUCCAACAAAGCACCAAGACUUCCAACAAUUGGAUGUCUCGUGUUAAAUGAUCAGAAAUUUUAGUAGCAAAAUGCUUGAAACUUCAUUGGAAAUAAGUGCUUUAUCCAGUCCAAAAGCCACAAGUUUUUAUUUUAGACAUUGCAAAGGAUAGUAUUUUGAGGUUUUAGGUAAAUUUUGUUAAGUGUAAAUGGCCAGCAGUGACACGAGUGGCCUAACAGAAUACUGUUGGAUGUCUGUGCUUCUUUGUCUGAAUUUUUAUGCCAGAAUUAUUUUGUUAAAUUUGGAAUAAAAACUUAUUACCAGA